GAAUAGGUGCUCCAGGACCACAAGGCCCCCCGGGGCCACCAGGAAAAGCCUCGGGAGGUGUGGUUUACACCAGAUGGGGACGAAAACAUUGCCCUUCGAAAAGCAUCGAGAUGUAGUCUGGUGUGAUGGGAGGAUCAUAUUUCAACCAUCAUGGUGGAGCAGCAAACUACCUCUGUCUACCUUUGAAUCCGAUUUUCGAGAAAUACGUCAAUGGAUUUCAAGGAUCGGCAAAUAUUCACGGGACAGAGUACGAAGCAGUUGGUGAACAAAACAAAAUAUUUCCAAACACCAAUAUUGAAGAUGACAACGCACCAUGCGCAGUGUGUCAAGCUAAAUCACGUGUUAGUCACAUGAUGAUCCCGGCUCGUAAUGUGUGUCCUUCUGGUUGGACAAUGGAGUACAAAGGUUACCUCAUGACCGCACAUUAUGGUCACAAAGGACGCACUCAGUUCAUUUGUGUUGAUGGUGAUCCCGAGGCUACGCAUGGAUCACACAAAAGUACGAAUGGAGCAUUGCUUUAUUUCGUUGAAGGUUAUUGCAAUCAUGAACUACCAUGUCCACCCUACGUUCAAGGCAGAGAGCUGACCUGUGUCGUCUGUACACAGUAA